GCCUAAUAAAUCAUGGCGAAGCGUAUUGCUUCGCCUUAGAAAAACACGUACAAUCUUAGUCUGGAGAUUUCAAUAUGCAGUUAGAAAUUUAACCAAUUAAUGUCAAACAAGGGAAGCACGUAUCCUAGCUAACACUGAAUCGAGUCCACCCAAACACAGUGUGAGAUCAAACCAUGGGGAAAAAGAACAAGAAAAAGGGAGAGAAAAAAAAGAAAGGGCAAGUAGAGGAGGCCGUAGACAGUGACGCGAAACAGGAAGAGACAGACACUGCGCCGGAAGAGGAACCUGUAGCCUCUGGUGGUGAAGUGGAGGAGAAGGUAAGGACGUCAAAAACAAUUGAAACCUACGGGGCAGAAGCGGCAGUCGUCGUGGGCGGCAACGAGUUGGACGACCCAUACUUCGCCGACGAGAGUAAGGGGUCCGAUGAGGAUAAGAAAAAAGAAAAGAAGAAACACGGCGAUAAAGAUAAAAGCAAGAAGAAGAAAAAGAAAAAAAGUAAAUCGCAGGAAGAUACACAGGAGGAGGUGGUGAGGGAGGCUGAGAAAAAAUCCCCGGAAGGGACGCAGGAGGAGCCUGUGACGGAGACUGAGCCGGAGGAGCCUGUGACGGAGACGGAGCCGGAGGAGCCUGUGACGGAGCCUGAGUCUCUGGCCGUGAGUGAUGUAAACACGUCCGAGAGUGAGAAGAUUACACAGUCGGAGGACGUGACGGAGGACGUGACGGAGGACGUGACGGUGGACGAGACCGCCCCUCUUAAAUCAGUGUCGGCGGUUUCUGUCACCAAAGAACCCUCAGAGUUAAACAUCAUAAUGGAUGCCGAUGAACUAGAUGAUUACUUAAAAAAAUAUGCUUGGGAAAAAUUCUUUGCCUUAGCUUCUGAACCUUCAGAGUUGCCGAACAAUAAAAUGACGAGUGUGCAGGCACUAAGGCCGGGUUCGAGUACCCACGAAGUUCAGACUGAUUAUACUGAAACUGAUGGACAUUUGAAAAACAAUUGUCUUCGGAGUUCAUUGUCUGCUUCUGCUCCAGAACCCCAAGAGGUUCAGAGGCAACAAAGCAAUAAAAUGAUAAGUGCGGUGCAAUCACUAAGGCAACUAAAUACACAAGAAGUUCAGACAGAUGAGAAAGUUGGAGUUGAAUUCAAUGGAUCCGUUGAAGAUGAUUUUGAUAAUAUUAUCGUCAAAAAAAGGUUUCAAGAUUUUAGCUGCAACGUGUCAUUGGACGUGGCGAAAUCUCGAGAAAAACUCAAGACUAGUACAGCUGACUUUGGUGCCUUCGUCUUGGAGGAUUUCCGUCAUGUCUUAGAUGGACGGAGCAUAAACGAGAGACGAAGAGACAGCUCUCAUAGGCCAGUGGGGUACAAUGGUGAGCGAACCCUUCAUUCAGAUGAUGAUCCAUAUGCCAGUGAAAGGUCGCCCUCAAGUAAAUCUAACUUCAAAGCACUUGACGGCGAUCACACGCCCACAUCCACCGGUAGGAAAACGAAUCAUCGAAAUAAAUAUGAGGAUGGCGAUGAAUAUUGGGAAGAUUUACCAGAGCCCGAUAGAAAUAGAGAUGUAGCUCACAAUGAGGCUGAGGUGGGUAGCGCCUCCAAGGAUCCAGACAAGAAAUCAAAGCGAACAGUUCCAGCCGAGGAGAGUUCUAAAAGAAAAUCUAAAAAACCGCCUCACGAUGAUUUUGGGACAGAUCUCCAAGAUAUAAGCAGUUGUUCAUUGCUCACAAAAAUUACGUUUAACAAAAUUAAGAAAGAUUGUUACGACGAUGAGGGCAACUUAAUCCAGAACCUAUCAAUAAAAAACAAGCAAGCUGGACGUGUCGACCUGUCAAUCGAGAACCAAAUCUACGGCAUUCUUACUAAUUCUAAACACACCUCUUGCAAACACAUCCAGUUUGCAGAUGAUGUGCUGGGUGGCAGUGAGGAGUGCACAUGUUACAUUAUUCCUUGUCCAUGUACGGAUGAUGCAGAAGAGUUAGCCGAUUUCACCCCGACACCACCACAAGGGUUUCAGCAAAGUAAUGUUUUGCCAGACAACCAAGACGAUUACAACAAAAGGCCUCCGACAAAGCGUAAACAGGUAAACGAUGUUUCAACGGACGCCCAAGAAACAGGAAACUUUGCGUCGGUUCGAAAACUGAAACGAAAGCAACCUCAGUACGUCGAGUCUCCAGCAGAUGCUGAUGAUCAAACUGAAGCUGAACAAAUACGAAGCUUGGCAAAAACACCAAAACAUGAGACGAGGCAGGCGGAUGCUUCCCGCCGCGUUCAGAAAAUAGACAGCUCCACUAGUCCUGCCAUUGAGGUAGCAAGAUCAACGACCCAGGCUGAGAAUAACAGGAGGCGACAAAUGACGGAUAGCGCUGUUCAAAGCGUGGACAACUUCACCAGUCCCCCAGUUAACGAUGAAAGAAAACGACUUGUUGCAGAAAGCAAUGUAGCUAUUGGAACCGCGGACAACUACAUCAGCAAAUCGACGAACGCAUCUCGGCGACCAUCGGUUUUAAACGAUUCGGCUCACGCUAAUGUCACCCGCAGCUUCAGAAGAACAUCAUCAACACCGGCGGCUAGACCUAAGCCCGUAAACACAUCGCUGGAUCGUGCCACAAACACAACUUCAGCCUCCACCGCCAACAUCCUCCGGAAUGCGGCUUCAUCCAGCCCAGAGCCAGCAUACAUCAAGCGCGUCGGCUUCUCAACAGACGAGCUAUUCGAACUGGACAGUCCUCCGGUUAGACUAGUUGUACAACGUAACAGCCAAGCUGGCAACGUUGGGAUGGAGAGAGAUUACCUCGAUGAUACCCCGGCAGUACAGGGCGAGCCAAUAGUGGACCGGCUUAUCAUGGAAUCUCCUAGAAACCGUACAGCCGAAGAAGUCCACAGCACUCUCAGAGAUAUUGCUAGCAGGUCGAAAAAUGCCAGUGAUGCGUUGACUGCAGAUGAAGAGCUUACAGACGCGAUCAUCAGAAAAUACUUUUAUUGCGAGGCAGAAGCGAUCGAGUCCCUGAGUCUUGCUGAUUGCAUGUGCAACUCGAAAGUUCAACAGUUCCGUUUGGUCCUAGAGCCCGUGGAUACCGGAGACCACGGAUCUUUAGACAGAACAAAGAUACACGAGGACCAGAUCAUAACCAGAGAACUCACGGAAGACGAGCUGAGGGCACUGAAAAGGGCAAAACAACAAGAACUGGACGACGAGCUAAGCGGGCAGGAGGAUUUGGAGUGGAGCCGGAGAGACUACAGAGUUGUCAACAAAACAAACCGUCCUAAGAAAACAUCAGACAGGUAUUAUUAGUGCACCUUGCAUAUAUCAUCUAGCAACAUCACCAGACAGGCACUAGAUGGGAAACCACAUUGAAAGAGGAAAGUAGGUAGGACAAAAAAAAAACGUGAAAAAGGUUAGCUAUAGGAGAAGCAGAAGCAGCCGGAAUGUCGUGGGCCCAACUAGGAGGAAUCGCCCAGAACUGAGUACGAUGGAGAGGUGUGGUUACAUCCCCUUCCUCCACAAGGGGUCCACAUGAAUAAUGAUGAUGAUUAUUAUAAUUAGUAAAACCCAUUUUUCUUGUUACCAGCAUAGAUUCUUAAAAUUAAGAUUUUGUAAUAUCGUCAAGUAUAACUAGUGAAAUCCUUUUGUCUUUUUACCUUUAAAAUGAAACCAAACAUUUUAGUAUUCAUCACCAAGGGCUAUAAUUAGUCAUUAUGAAUAAAUUUUCUUAUUAGAUAAUUAAAAAACUUAGUGUGUUAUUUACUUUCUCUUAUACAGAGUAUAGAAAAAGCAUUGUAAUCGUGCACAAAAAUUAAAUGC